GUAAACCACUUUGGGGAAAUUAUUAUUGAGUGGUCACUCCUCCGCUGGGGAGGCGAACUUCACUUGACGGCCACGCCUCCACGACUGCGACCUUCUGCUUCAGCAUCGUCCUUGUAUCUAUCUCUCUGCCCCUAGCUGGCUAGCUGUGCCUUGUUAUCCCUUCUCUCCUCUACCCUGCUGAGAACAGCAUGGCAGAGCAGAUUGAGACUUCCUCACCUGAAAUUCCUUUUGAUUAUGAGCUGUAUGAAGGAGAUCCUGACCAAUUAAUAACUGUUGAUGCCUCUCCUGCCCUUCCGAAUUGGUACAUAGAUCCUGCAUCUCUGAAGCUCAAAUACAGAAUUGGUCAUGGACUCUUUGGUGAUGUUUGGGUAGCCACACAUCAUCAGUCAGCCUCCGACUUUGAUGAGUAUCAUGAAGUUGCUGUCAAGAUGCUGCAUCCAACAGCAGAGGAUCGCAUAAAUGAGUUUCUUCAUAAGUUCGAAGAAUUAUGGAAAAAAUUGAAGUCACAACAAUUGCAAGGUGUUUGUUGGUUGCAUGGUAUCUCUGUAAUAUCUGGCCAGAUCUCCAUUGUUAUGAGAUAUUAUGAGGGUUCGGUAGGUGAUCGAAUAGGGCGUCUGCAAGGAGGAAAGCUUCAACUAGCUGAUGUACUAAGGUACGGCAUUGAGCUAGCAAAAGGAAUCCAAUUUCUUCACCAAAUCGGUCACCUGAUACUGAACCUCAAGCCAACUAAUUUCCUUCUUGAUGAAAAUGAUCAUGCUAUCCUUGGAGACUUUGGGAUUCCAUACUUGCUUCUUGGGGUUCCAUGGCGCGAUUUGGAUUUGGCAAGUAGGUCUGGAACCCCCAACUACAUUGCACCCGAACAAUGGCAACCUAGAACAAGAGGUCCAAUAUCCUACGAGACCGAUUCCUGGGGUUUUGCUUGCAGCAUGAUUGAAUUGCUGACCGGAACCCCACCCUGGUUUGCAAAAUCUGCUGACGAGAUACAUCACUUGGUUGUUAUAUGUAAAGAAAAGCCACAAGUACCAAGUGGUCUUCCUCCUGCUUUAGAACAUGUUCUCAAGGGCUGCUUUGAGUAUGAUUUUCGCAACCGACCACUGAUGUCAGACAUUUUACAAGCAUUUGAAAGCUCAAGGAAUGCUCUUGACAGUGACGGGUCAUGGAGAGGUGAGGGGGGCAGUAUCUAUCCCGAUAAAUUGCAUUGCAGCGGCUAUAGCAAAUGGUUUCUCUUGAAAGAUCAUCUUCAAGUUGGUGAUACAGCUCGACCAAGAAAGGGUCUAAACACCUUUAAACCUCAAUGGCUAGCUGAAACUGAAGGAGUUGUGGUUGGACUGGAGAAGGAUAGUGAUCGGGAUGGUUUUGCUGUCGUCCAAAUCCCCGGCAUGCACAAUCAGCUCAGAGUAAACAUUUCUGCGCUACAGAGGGUCACUGCUGGUUUCGCAAUGGGGGAUUGGGUUCGCUCGACUAAAGAAAAUAGCAACCAUUCGACUCUCGGAAUUCUUCACUCCAUACAACGUGAUGGAAGCGUUGCUGUUGGUUUUUUAGGGCUGGAAACUCUCUGGAAGGGACAUUCCUCCGAGCUUAAAGUUGUGGAACCGUUUCUGGUCGGGCAUUUUGUGAGGUUGAAGGCUAAUAUCACGACCCCCCAAUUUCCGUGGCCCCAUAAAAGAGGAGGGUCUUGGGCCAGUGGGAGAAUCUCACAAAUUCUUCCCAAUGGAUGUCUUGAAGUUACAUUCCCGGGAAGAUUUGUUCUUGGAGAUGAACCCAAAUGCUUCUUGGCUAAUCCCGAGGAAGUUGACCGGGUGUCUUUUGAUACAUGCCCUAGCAUUGUUGAGAAGUACCAACACGCCGAGGAUUUUCACUGGGCAGUGCGGCCACUAGUAAUCACACUCGGAAUAUUUACAGCCACAAAGCUCGGCAUCUUUGUUGGGAGAAACAUAGGUGCCCGACUCCGAAAAAAGACUACUCAGAAGCAGACUGAUGGAACCAACCAAGAUGGCCAAAACAACUCGGUGUGGCUACCGCCUAACGUUGCAAAUAUUCUCUUCAAAGAAGGCCCGUAGACACCAAAUUCUCGGCUAUGCACAGGUUCAUCUUUCUCACGAAAUAUCUCAUUCCUCUAUGGGUUAUAACACGUGGUAAAUUAUGACAGCAUGCUAUUUGACGACUAUAUAACUCUACUUUACGAUCUUUCUGAAUGCUAUCUUGCUGCUGAUGCUUCUAGUGUAUAAAAAUGUAUUUAGCUGGUCCGAUUGUAUAGCGAACAUACUGCAAACCUUUACUCCGAUUAAUGAAUGGGUUAUUUCUUCGAA